CGGCAAUCUGACGAAUUUGUUUUAUUUGAACCUGUCAAAUUCUGGCUUUGCGGGGCAGAUUCCUUCAGAGAUUUCGAACCUGAAAAGCGCCAGGGAACGAAUGGUGUCAGGCCUUAUCUUCUUCAGUGCCAAAUCUAAGGGUCUUGAGCAUGUCUGAUUGUUAUCUUUCAGGGCCUUUUGAUUCCUCCUUACAGAAGCUUCAGUCUCUCUCAAUUAUUCGUCUCGAUUUUAAUCUCUUUAAUGCUCACGUUCCAGAUUUUUUUGCCAAUUUCGCAAAUUUGACUUCCUUGGGUCUCAGUUCUUGUGGAUUGAAUGGAACAUUUCCAGAAAAAGUCUUCCGGAUUCUAACACUGCAGACAAUUGACUUGUCAAAUAAUGAACUACUUCAAGGUUCUUUGCCAGAAUUUCUUCCAAAUGGUUCUCUUCGGUCACUGCUGCUUAGUGGUACAAAAUUUUCAGGGGCACUGCCAGAUUCUAUUGGUAACCUUGCAAUGUUGUCCAGAAUAGAUCUUUCUGGGUGCAAUUUCAGUGGAUCAAUACCGAACUCUAUGGGAAAUCUUACUCAAUUGGUUUAUUUGGACAUGUCAUCAAACAGCUUCAACGGACUAAUUCCAUCAUUCAGCAUGGCCAAGAAGUUGACCCAGAUAUACCUUUCCCAUAAUGAUCUAACAGGUAAGAUUGAUUCCCUUAACUGGAAGGAUCUUCUGAAUCUGGUGAUUCUUGACUUGGGUAACAAUUCACUUAAAGGGAAUAUUCCGGCCUCCCUGUUUUCCCUUCCAUCAUUGCAAAUAUUACGACUUUUCCACAACCAAUUUUAUGGUCGGCUUGGAUUUAAUGUUUCUUCUCACCUACUGAACACCCUUGAUUUGAGUAGCAACAACUUGGAAGGGCCAGUACCAACGUCUGUCUUUCAACUUAAAGGUCUUAAGCUUCUCUCACUUUCUUUAAACAACUUUAGCGGCUCCUUGCAGCUCAAUAAGAUUCAGCAGUUGAGAAACCUUUCCAAUCUUGAUCUUUCCUACAACAACUUAUCGAUUGAGUAUAUUGAAACUUCUUCAUCAUCGUCCUUUCCCCAAAUUUCCACAUUAAAAUUGGCUUCUUGCAAAUUGAAGACUUCUCCUGAUUUCUUGAUAAACCAAUCCAAAUUAACCAUGCUAGACCUUUCAAAUAAUGAGAUUCCUGGAAAGAUACCCAACUGGAUUCAGAAUCUUACUAAUCUUCUUUACCUAAAUCUCUCGCAUAACCUCCUGGAAGGGCCUUUGCUCAAUCUUCCUUCUACGUUAACUAUCCUAGAUCUUCAUUCCAACAAACUCCAGGGGCAACUCCCAACUCUCCCACCAUCUGCCAUAUAUCUGGAUCUCUCAUGGAAUAAUUUCACCUCUUUUAUACCUGCUGGCAUUCUCAGCUCCCUCAGUGUUGCUUCUCUCUUAUAUCUUUCAAACAAUCAUUUAUCUGGCAGUAUCCCUGUAUCAAUAUGCAAUGCUCCAUAUCUGCAAGUUCUUGAUCUGCACAAUAAUUUUUUGAAUGGCACUAUUCCCCAAUGCUUCUAUGGAAUGACUGAGACUCUCAGGGUGUUGGAUUUGAGAAGGAACAAUCUUGGUGGCAAUUUAUCUGAUUCGUUUCCAGUUAAUUGUGGUUUACUAACUCUAAACCUCAAUGGAAACCUAUUAGAAGGAGCGGUACCAAAGUCUUUGGGGAAUUGCAAACGUUUGGAGGUCUUGGACCUGGGGAACAAUAAGAUAAAGGAUGCCUUCCCAUGUUACCUGAAGAACAUAUCCUCGUUGCAUGUCCUUAUCUUGCGAUCUAACCAAUUUUAUGGGUCCAUUGUUUGUGGAGGGCCAAAUACCUCUUGGCCAAUGCUUCAAAUUGUUGACCUAGCUUCAAACAAUUUUAUUGGUCGACUUCCAAGAGAAUCCAUUUUUGCUUGGAAGGCAAUGAUGGAUCAUGCCCAGUCACGAAUUCAAUACCUCCAAUUUGGAAUCCUACAAUUCAGUCAAAAUUAUUAUCAAGAUAUGAUAAGAGUUACCAUUAAAGGUCUAGACAUUGAGCUGGUUAGGAUUUUAACUCUUUUCACUUCGAUUGAUGUAUCCUGCAACAAUCUUAAUGGGACAAUACCAGAAGAAAUAGGAGAGCUCAAAUCGCUACGUCUUCUCAACUUCUCACAUAAUGCUCUUACAGGCCACAUUCAACCAUCUCUGGGCAACUUGACUCAAUUGGAAUCAUUGGACUUGUCAAGCAACAACCUUACAGGGGAGAUCCCUGUGCAACUCGCAGAUAGUCUCACUUUCCUUUCAUUCCUAAACCUUUCAUUCAAUCAAUUGGUGGGGCCAAUUCCACAAGGCAAGCAAUUUGCUACGUUUACAAAUGAUUCAUAUGAAAGGAACAGAGGAUUAUGUGGAUCCCCGUUGGUGAAAAAUUGCACAAAUGGUACUGCUCCACCACCUUCAGCAACACAAAAAUCUGAAGGCACUAGUUCAACCACUUUGAUUGGAUUUGAUUGGCAGUUCAUACUGACCGGAUUGGGUUUUGGGGUUGGAGCAGCAGUUGUUGUUGCUCCCUUAACAUUUUGGGAGAAAGGAAGAAAAUGGCACGAUGAUAGCAUUGAUAAGAUUCUUCUGGUUAUUCUUCCAAUGAUGGGACUGUCUUACACUGGCUGCUAUAAUGCAAAGGUUGAGGCAGAGGAAGAUCUUGAAGAUGAGAACACAGAAGACAGUGAAGACGAUGAUGAUGAUGAUGAAAUGGAAGAUGAAGAAUUUCGCGGCCGGUACUGUGUUAUUUGUUCUAAACUCGACAUUAGUUGGACAAGGGUCAUCCAUGACCCUAUGUGUGCAUGCCAUAACUCACCCCCACUUUCUUCUUCAUCCUCUACAUCCUCAUCUUCUUCAUAGUUACAUCAUCAUAGCCAACCCUUAAUGCCUUUCUUUUUCAUUUUUUGGACGUUUUCUUUUGUAGAUAUAUACAGAAUCAUCAACCCAAAUGAUGGGGUGAUGAGAUGAGCACAUAACUUGAAUAAUGCCAGCUUGUAGCCUUUUUGGCUUGGGAAUAAUGUUCUUUUUAUCUAAA